GUGGGUCCGGACGUGGUGCCGGGCGUCAGGCAGCUGUGAGAGUCCACGGGCUGAGGAGCGCGCGGCGUGCUGUCUGAAAGAGGUUGUUGUGGAGUGCGGAGUUCACGUCGAAACCAUACGUCACAACAACAUUGGGGCUGACAUGAUGUCAUUUGAGGAGAGGGUUGAAGAUGUGGUACUGCGCCUCUUUGCUGUGGAGGGAGUCAAGUUUGGCCAGUUCACACUAAAGAGUGGACUUCUGUCUCCAAUUUAUUUUGACCUAAGGGUAGUUGUCAGCUACCCUGAACUUAUGGAGUCGGUGGCCGACCUGCUGUGGGAGCGCCGGCCCGAGGGCGUGCAGUUCGCCUCCGUCUGUGGCGUGCCGUACACCGCCCUGCCCAUGGCCACCAUCAUCGCCACCAAGCAGAAGCUGCCGAUGCUGAUCCGGCGGAAGGAGGAGAAGUCGUACGGCACCAAGCGGCUCAUCGAAGGCCACUUCAAGCCGGGCGACAACUGCUUCAUCAUCGAGGACGUCAUCGUCAGCGGCUCCAGCGUCUAUGAGACGGCCGUGUCGCUGCGCUCCUGCGGCUUGGAGGUGACGGACGCCGUGGUGUUCGUGGACCGGCAGCAGGGCGCGACGGCCAACCUGCGCAAGCUCGGCGUCGCCAUCCGCUCCGUGUGCGACAUGCAGCAGAUGCUCGCCAUCCUGCUGCGACACGGCAAAAUCGAUGACAAGCAGGUGGGGGCGGUCAACGCGUUCCUGAAGGACAGCCAGGAGACCAUCAUCCGACGGGAACCGAACGACGGAGUGGCCGAGUCGGCCGGCCGCCUGCGGAUGUCGUUCGGCGCGCGCGCGGCCACCACCUCCCAGGCGCUGGUGCGCCGCCUGCUGCGCCUCAUGGAGGAGAAGCGCACCAACCUUUGCGUGGCGGCCGACCUCGGCACCAGCCAGGCGGCGCUGCAGCUGGCCGAUCAGGUGGGGCCGCACAUCUGCAUGCUGAAGACGCACGUCGACAUCAUGACGGACUUCAGCGAGGCGUUCCCGCGGCAGCUGCGCGAGCUGGCGCUCAAGCACAACUUCCUCAUCUGCGAGGACAGGAAGUUCGCCGACAUCGGCAGCAUGUCGGCGGCGCAGUUCGCCGACGGCCCGUUCGCCAUCUGCGACUGGGCCGACCUGGUGACGAUGCACCCGCUGCCGGGCGAGGGUCUGCUGACGGCGCUGUCGGCGCGCGCCGAGGGCCGCCAGCGCGGCGCCCUGCUCGUGGCGCAGAUGUCAAGCCGCGGCUGUCUCGCCACCGCCCAGUACACGGCCGCGGCGGUCAAGAUGGCCGAGGCGCACCCGUACUUCGCGUGCGGGUUCGUGGCGCAGUCGUCGGUGACGUCGGACCCACGCUUCCUCGUGCUCACGCCGGGCGUCAGCGUCAGCGCCGCCGCCGACGCGCACGGCCAGCAGUACAGCUCGCCGGAGCGGGCCGUCGGCGAGUGCGGCGCCGACGUGGUCAUCGUCGGCCGUGGCGUGACGCGCGCCGAGAGCCCCGCGGAGGCGGCCGGCGAGUACGCCCGCCGCGCGUACGCCGCCUACCUGCAGAGGAUCGGCUGACCGGGCCGGGGAGGGGCGAGGC